GGGGGCAGGGAAUGGUGGGACGAGGAGGAAGAAGAAGAAGACGGGAAGGAGGAGACUAUGGCGAUGGAGAAGGACGAGGACGAAGACAAAUAGAAGGACGAUAACGAAGAAGGAGGAGGAGGAGGAGGAGGAGCACAAGGAGAGGAAGGUGGAUGAGGUGAAGGAAGAAGAGGUGGAAUAGGAGUCCAGGAUGGUGGAGAUGGAGGAGGGAGAGAACUUAGAGGAGGAAGAAGAACAAUUUGGAGGAGGAGGAGAGGAGGAGGAGGAGGAAGAGGAGCGGGAGUGGAAAGAGGACGAGGAAGAAGAGGAGGAAGAAGAGGAGCACGAGGAAGAAGAGGAGGACGGCCCGGCGAUGGAGGAGGCGGAGGAGGUGGAGGAGGAGGAAACCACGACGACGGAGGAGGAGGAAGAAGAAGAAAAGGCCACCUACCCGAUAACCGCUUGUGUGCUGGACACGACCGAUUGCGAUCACUUGUCAGAUUAUUGGGACUAUAUUGUCACUCUCAUGCGUCCCUCCAUUGUGUCGGUGCCACGCCUGCUGACAUACGAGGGAGUCGGGACGAGGAUGUUGGACAUUAUCUACCACGAGGUUGCGACACCCAUUGCCCCUAAGAAGGCAAAAUGGAAGGACACCGGAUGCACGUUGAUGACGAACGGGGCGACGGACCAAAGGAACAAGCCCAUCACGAACUUCAUAGCAGCAGGGCAGUCUGGAACGGUCCUCAUUUGUACCAUCGACAUGUCAAACUGGGACAAGGCAGGCAUCGGAUUGACGGAGACAUGGGAGAGUCUCAUACGAGAUGACAUUGGGGUCAAGAAUGUCAAUGCGAUUUUCACUGACAAUGCGGAGGUGAUGAAGGCAGCGGCCAGCGUUCUGCAGUCCCAUCCAAACCCCGACAUUGCACACAUUCCUUGGAUCUCGUUCGCAACACAUUGCCCGAGCUUGCUGUUGAGGGACAUUGCUGCACAUCCUUGGGCAAAAGUAAUCAUGCAACGGGCGUACAAGAUAAUCAAGUUCAUGAGAAACAAACAGAAGGCGCUCGCACUGCACCGAGGCACGGAGCAUCCACUGAACCUCAGGCAACCAACAAAUAACUGGAGACGUGCACGAUGGACUGACGACACACGGACUGAUGAGCAGGAGCUCCGCGAGCUGUGCAAAUCUGAUGCAUGGUGGCAGCAAGUGAAGAGAGUGAUGGGUGUGAUGAGCUGUGUUACAAAUUACAAUUUCCUUAGGGACAUGGAACGUGAUGGGUCGUCACCGCCAGGUUUGUGGGAUCGGCAGUCAAUCCUCCAGAGGAAGAUUGGCGCUCUGCAGCUUGACGCCCAAAGGAGGGCGGUUGUCAUGGAGAUUGUGGCAGACAGGUGCGUGAUGAUGCGUCAGCCGGCACAUGUCGCGACUUAUUUGUUGGAUCCUCGUCAGCGCGUCGUGUCAUUGUUAAGGGAUUGGUUGGCCCCUGUUGUGCAGAGUGCGCUUGACCACUUCGCUUGCAUUUUGGGCGGGGGGUGGAGGGCGGAGGAGAUGCACAACAUCUGGGAGGCUUUAUGGACUUUCCAUUCCGAUGAUCCGCGGUACUGGUUGGAGAGUGAACCUCAUUGUUGGGACUUGUAUGCCACUUGGGAUGCAACAUCGAAGACCAUGCACCCGACAUUGUGGUGGGAGCUUCAUGGCGUCUGUUUCCCAAAGUUGGAGGCCAUCGCGAAGAAGGUGUUUGGCAUGUGGUCGACAACAACUCCUUGCGAGCGCAACUGGGUGACUCACGACGUCAUACACACGAAGAGGCGCAACAACCUCUCUGCUAAGAGUGUUGAGAAACUCGUGUUCAUUCACUGGAACAUGCAACUUCUUAGUGCCAGAAGGCGGUUGGAGAGUCGUUAUAUCAACGUGUGGGCGAAUAUGGUAGAGGACCCCCUAGAGGAGAUCGAUAACAAAGAUGUCAUCCCCGCAGAUGUGGGCGAGAAUGACAGGGAGCUCAUGGAUCAGGUUAACCGUCGCAAGGACGGUCGUAACCGGAUCACGUCUAUAUCGGCAGACGAGCAUAUGGCGGAUGCAAUGUCCCCAUGGCAAGAUAUGGUAGGGAAGGCAGUUGCAGAAGACCAGCACAAUAUUUGCGACGGGUGGGCGACAUUGGACCCUCACACGGACCUCGACUCGUACGUCGAUGGCAAUUUCCUGGCGGUGAAGACCAUCUGGAGGAGGGUGGGAGGCCACAUCGAUGUCGAGGGUCUAUUAGCGACAGACGAUGUAGAGGGGGCAGAGGAGGACAUCGAGCGUCGCCACGACGACAUCCUUACCUCAACUUCACAGCCAAGGGUGGCGGAGAUAGGAUCAUUAUGCGCCACAACAUUACAAUGCGUCAAUCAUACCUCAUCCUCCCGUUUUGCAGGGCCAACUGCCGUCGACUCCAGAGGUUUGGACGCGCAUGUUUCUGCCACGUUAGGUUCCCCUGCUAGCACCGUCGAUAGCAGAGGUGUAAUGAUAGCAUGGACGAGAGGGAAGAUCAGCCAGUGGAGCACAGGGCACAACAUAGAGAGGGGGUGCAGGAGGUGGCAGAGCAACUCGCAGAGUGUCCAGGGUCAGACAAAGUGCCGUGUAGAUGGUGGAUCAGAGGGCGGACGUGGUUGCAGAGGACUUGAUGGGCAGAAGGUUGAGAAGCUGGUGGGUGACAACAUAAACCGUAGAUUGUACGAGAAUGCACACCCAAGGGACAAGGACGGCGUUCGACCAAUGGUGGUGCAGACUGCAGAGCAGUGGGUGAAGGAAGGUUUGGCCGUGACAAUGGAACAGAGGGGGAACCAAAGGGUACAUCCAUGUGUUCCCCUUGCUGCAGAUCAUAGGGUGGAGCAGAGGGUGGAGCAGAGGGUGGAGCAAAACGUGGAAGUUAGGGUGGAUGUGAGUGCGGAACAACAAGUGAAUCAGGGGCGAUCAAACAUUGUACGUGAGAGAGUAAGUGAGAGGAUUGACGAGAGUGUCGUCCGAGAUGAGGGCGUUAUGAUGGCGGAGGACAGGAUGGAGGAGAGGGGUAGGGAUCCCCUGCAGGAGAGCCGUGCUUGAGACAUCACACUCACUAGGGGUUCAUUCUAUGGGAUUCCGCCAUUGUCGCCACAUGCCGCAUAAUCCUCGCUGGGGGUGGAUUUUGGUGUACAUUGCAUGUCGCCAGCACAUCGU